GCAGCCACCAUCCCACCGCCGCCUGGGCUCUGUCGCGCUCUCCACUGACCGAGUUUUCAAAAAAAGCUUGCUCAACACUCAUGGCAUACAAUAACACGCUGGACGACUUUGGCAGCCCGCUCCAACCUGCAGAGUCGUACUACCAGAAGCGCGCGUCGUCGGGCAUCUACGGCUGGAAAAAGUUCCUGAUCUGGCUGCUGGUCAUCUCCAUCACGGUCAUUGCCAUUGUCAACAUUGCGCUGACGGCGUGGAUUAUGCGCGAGCUCAACUUUUCCAGCGGCGGCAUGGACGGCACGGACUUUUCGGAUGCUGGCCUGCUCGUCGACAACGCCCUGUGGGUUGGUGGCACAAUCAACGGCAACGCGUUGAAAACGUACUCUGGCGCCUCGCUCGACAUUGAAUCUGCCGUCGACAUUGACACGACCUGCGGGCGCGACUUUGUUGCCACCACCGGCCGCGAUGCGCGCUUUGCCAUGUCCUCCAACACUGGUGUCUUUGGCGUCAGCUUCCCUGCCAGCACCCCGCUUGCCAUUGGUGCCAACAGCGUCACCGUCACUGUUCCCCUCACCCUGACUCGCCCUUUCAUUACCACCGGCAUUGUCUCGACCACUACUCUCCGUGCCUCGGCUGUGGGCACCAUUGACGUUGCUGCGGGCGCCGCGCUGUCCCUCACCACCCCAACCACGCUCAACCAGCUCGCCUCGACGUUUAGCCACCAGCCCAUCUCGACCAACCAGGUUGUCUUUUACACUGGCUCGACCAUCCCCAAGGUGCUUUCACAAUGCUCGUGCACCACCACUGUUGCAGGCAGCACUCGGUUGAUGACCUACUGGGUGGAUGCGGCCGCAGCGACCGGCUGCUCCAGCAUUCCCGCAAACGAUCUCGCCACUCUGUGCCCAUAAGGAUUGAGAUGGCCAAGCGUCGGUGGAGGGCUACGAGUUUAUUGAUUGAGCCCUUUUGACCCUUCCCAGGGCAUUGCCGCGUUUGCUUGAUCUCAUUUUUACGUUCUUUUUGGUUUGAGUUGUUUGUGUGCCGUUUGGUGUGUGUGUGUGUGUAUGUGCGUGUUUCUACUUUUGUGGUAUGUUUUGGUUAAUUAAAGCAAAAUUUCAUCUUUCGCAA